CGAGGGCAGGGCCGGGAGGGAGGGGGGGGGACGGUGCGCCGGCGACGCUCCCGAGGUUGCCAAGUGGACUUUUAUUGUUUUCCACCCACUUCCAAGUCGAUACUAUCUGCCGUCUCAUGUCCAUCCUACAGUCUAUAUAAGCGGUGCGCCGGGGCUGGCGGCGAUGGAGUAAGGUGGUGGAUGCGGAGGGAGCAGAGGGCCGGGAGGGGGGCGGCGAGCCGCCGGCAACCAGGACUCCCCGCCGCUGCCCGGGGGCACGCAGCUCGCCUCGCCUCGGCGCGGACACGCAGUGAAACAGGGAAGCUCCCGUUCCGCUCCGCCGGCGCUCUCAGCCCGCAGGACAGCUGGCGAUGAGCGGACUGAGGUCUCCUGGGCUGCUGGGGCUGCUGCUCUUGGUGCUCUCGGCAGGAUACUGCAAAGAGAAGACCGACGCCACGGAUUUGAAGGACAGGCAGAGUCUCUUAAAUCUCAUCAUGGAGAUCAUUCAGGAAUUGAAGAGGUACCGCUUGGAGAAGGACAGUGGGGUGCAGUACUUCUCCAAGCACGACUACAACUUGGAUCGGAGGGAAGUGGCUGACUACGGAGGAUACCAGGAUGAGCAGAGAGUUGAAAUUGUUCCCAGAGAUCUGAGGAUGAAAGACAAGUUUCUAAAGCACUUAACAGGUCCACUCUACUUUAGCCCAAAAUGUAGUAAACACUUUCAUCGGCUUUACCACAAUACAAGGGACUGCACCAUCCCAGCAUGUGAUAUACCUACCAACAUAGUGUCUGGAUAAUGGAGGAUAAUUUGUACAAAUGGUAAUUAUAGCAUAACUAUGCUGUGAGAUAAAAGACUGAUAACAUAGCAUCUCUAGGAAUGUAAGAUGUACUUACUCAUUAAUGAAAAUAAUGCCUAAUAAAAAUCAACAUCAGUCACUGGACUGACUAGCACCUUUUUAAAGGAACUGUCUUCUACAAGCCUGAAAUAAACUUCUUUCUUUAAUGCUUCAUGCACAGUAUGAUAUUACUUUCUGAUAAUAUAUUCUGAUUACAGGUUAAGCUUACUGUUCAUUCUAUGUUGUUAUUUUGCCUUUGAAAGACAAACUAAAAGCAUCUCUGAUGCUGCAACAACGUGGGAACCAGCACAAAACUAUUUUCUUGGCAUAACUUUAGUAUUUCGGGUAGCUUAGUAGCAUUGACAACUAAGAGGUACUUUAGUCUGCUGUUAUGACCAACUUUCAGAUACAAAAUUUUUAUGCGCUAGCAUUUUAAGUCGAAGGAACUGAUUUCUAUACUGUUGCAAACUAAGUUGUUCAUUAAACUUAAUUACAACAGUAAUCUGCACACCUUUAUUGAUUUUGAUUUUUAAAAGCAAAAUCAGUUACUUUAGUAAUGUCUGUAUUUAUGCUCUUUUUUCAUGACAGACUAUAAAAGAUGUGCCAGGCUUCUUACUCGGUUGGCAGUAAGCCCAGUGUGCAUGGAGGGAUAAGGUAAGCUUUUCUGAGAGCAGUAAUGACAUUCCACUGCACAGCAAAGCUGUGGAUUUUGUUUCAUACAUGAAAACUCAUAAUACCUUUCUUUGGUUAAGAUGUUCCUCUUUCAGAAUAUCUGGAGUAACUAACUUAAUCUGGCAAACAGUGGCAAUAAAUAAAGGCUACCCCCUAGUGGAAGUCAUUAUAUAAUAAGUCCAUGUACAUCAGUUGUGAAUUAUUGUGAAUUUAUAGCAUUAUACAGUUAGCAAAUAGUGAAUUUGUUGUUAUAGAACAAGAGACAGCCAUAGCUUGUUUUUCAAGAGUUAACUCAGCAUACAAUCACUCCUAUUGGUAGCGGCAGCCCUUUUAUGUGUGCAGCUGUAGAUCUACGGGGUACAUUUUAGCAUAAGCUAAUAUAUAAGUAGCUACACACAUGACAGCUUUAUAAAUGCAGAUAGGUCGCAGGUGCUUUUAUGGUACUUAAAAUGUAUUAGUAGCACUGAUAAACUAACAUUAAGCUGCCCAGAUUUCUUGGGAUUUUCAUGCCUAUGGUUAUUCUCUCUCUUUUUGCUUACAUAUACCACUAAUUCCUAGAAGUACUUUGAGGGAUCUCAGCAUGCUCCAAAAAACAGUUCUUCCAAAUGAUCUGUAUUUCUAGAAAAGUGAUACAAAAGGAGAAAUAUAAAUUCUGUCCUCAGUCUUUAUUUGAGACAGAAGUGUGACCUUUGACAAAGGAAUAAGUAACAACCCAUAGGGAUUUGUCAGUAACAAAUGUUAUCGCACUUCAACUCUGUGACAAGAUACAUAUCUUAAAGAGAGUCACUGAGAAAAGCAAUAAUGUUUAAGGAUCUUAGUUUAUUUUUUAAAGCACAGAAACUGUUUUGCAUGGCAUUCUCACAAGCAAGUUAGGGAGAUGUUAUCAAAAUAAAUGGAAAAAUGGUUGGAAAAACAUUCACAUUAUUAGUGCUUCAGCGUCAAACCGGAAGAUUGUAUCAGAGUCACACAGCUACAUUAUGGGUAUGUCAUUGGUCAGCAUUUUCAUUAAUUUUUUGUGGCAGAAGUCAGUAUACUUAUUGAUGACAGCGGUGUAGCAUACACAACCAGCAGAGAAUACAAUACUGAAAUUGAAAAUAAUCUUGAAAAAUUAGCUGGAU